AAGUUGUAAUGUUCUAAUUCUCAAAAACUAACCGACUUGCACUAUGUUUAGACAUUUCAGUUUAAUAAUUCAGAUACAAUGUUUUUUACGAAGAUAAUUUUAGCAACAUUAUUGCUUUCGGCUGCUAUUGCAUUUGAACAGAAAUGCUUUUUUCCUGAGCCAGCAAGGGAUUUCGAUGCUUACAAGCUGCACGGUACUACAUGGUACACAGGACUGCAAACGAAUGAUGCUGUAGCGGCUAAUAUAAAAUGCGAACGAGCAGGAAAUUUUACAGAAACUUCCACUGGUUUUCAGACUGACUUUAGAACUUUCAAAAAAAAGUUUCAGCACCAACUGUAUCCAAUCAUUGUUCACAACUUCAGCAACGAACACAUCGAUUGGGUUGCCCAUUUCACUUUUCUACGAUCCGCGGUGUAUCAGGAAAGCAAAGUUAAAGAUGAUUUUUCGAUGACUAAUGCCUACAGUAUUGACGAAAACGGACAGUUUAACAGCGCUGCCAACAGCAUUGUCGAGAAUGUUCUUUUGGAACGAGAUUUUGCAUUUAUAUCUGAUUAUCUGAACUACUGUAUGGGAAUUCUAUGUUCGGCAGAAGGACAAUGGAUCGUUUGGAUUUAUUUUCAAACCAAGACUCCAAGUCUUACAAAUAUUGCAGCUGCCUACAAUGAACUGCAACGCUUGGGAGUAUCAACACAACUCUAUGCAUCACAGUGCAAAAGGCACACUGAAUUAUAUAAAGAUUCUGAUCAUGGAAGAAAAAUUGAUUUGAGUUGAUUAUUUUCCACAGAUGACCAAACACCUAAAUAUAAUUAAUAAAUCGUUAUAGCAGAGUAUGUUAAACAAAGAAUAUUAUAACAUACAUAUCAAUAAAGUUAUAUCAUACAUUUAUAUACCAUAAUACCGGGAAUGCGAAUUUCAACGCAGUAUUUUACUCUGAGCUUUACUUUACAAUGGGUUUGCUAUAAAAUUUAAUUUGAUGAAUAAAUUGUCACGCAUCAAG